GAUGAGUCCAAAGGGGUUUGGCAGAGAAACUGAUAGAGAACUUUCAAAGCUCUUUUUCUUCCACCAUCACUCAACUAGCCUCUAUAUUGCAGUCUCAAACUGAAAGUCUUAUUAUUUUCUAAAAGCUUUAGUUCUCUCUCUAUCUACCCAUCUGAGAGAGAGAGAAGAGAGAGAGAGAGAGAGAGAAAGAGAGUGAGAGAUAGAAUACUUCGCCCUCACAUUCACAUUUUUAUUUCUGUCUUUCUCUGUCGGUACCAUGCGACCUGAUGAGGGCAACCCUUUAGACCUCAACAACUUGCCUGAUGAUCAUUUCAGUAGAGAUGGUAAACAAGUUGUCGAGGACAGCUUCUCUGUUGCAGGCUACAGAAAAAAGAAAAGCGGCGCAAAAGAUGGAAAAGACGAGUGUGGGAAGGUCUACGAGUGUAGGUUUUGUUCCCUCAAGUUCUGCAAAUCUCAGGCCCUUGGGGGACACAUGAAUCGCCAUCGUCAAGAAAGGGAGACAGAAACACUCAACAAGGCUCGUCAGCUAGUCUUCAGUAACGAUAACCUAGCCGCCCCUCCUCCUCCUCACCUAGGAUGCUGCCAUCCAAUUACACCGGCAGGAUAUCAUCAUCCGGCAGCUGCAGGCAACAACAUUGGCGGUGACCCAACAUUACCUCUCAGAUUCCCAGCAAGAAUGUUUUCUGGCUCUUCGUCAAGUACCCUCGUACCACCACCGCCUCCGCCGGCGGUGCCACAGCCAGGUGUUCAACCGCCUCAACAACCAUAUUUAUACUCCUCUCCUUCGCGGCCCAUGUCCUUCCCUGCUUCCCAUUACCCUCACCAUCAACACUCGGUCAAUGAUUAUUAUGUUGGACAUGUUCUUAGCAGCACUAGUAGUAGUAGCCCCUCACAGUAUGGUCAUGGUCACCCAAAUGUGAACUAUGGAGCAUCACCACCGGAGCCCGCCAACUACACUUGCAUUGGUGCACCUGUGGGACCCGGAGGAGGAGGAGGAGGUGGAGGUGGAGGUGGUGGUAGAGACGGGUCACUGCACAUGAACCAGGAGGAGGGAUUGAAUUGGAGCAGGAGCUAUGCAGGGACACAGCAGCGUUUGGAUCCUCCUCCUUCGAUCAAUCGAUUUCAACCUGGCUUCUAAUGUUAAAAACAAAUUAUUAUUAUUAUUAUUAUUUUGUUUUUGUUUCUUCUGAGAGAUAGUCUUGAAGUAUUAUUAUUAGGGUCUCUGCCUCGACACGCCACCCACAAUGGACAGAGGGAAAGAGAGAGACUUAACAAGCUGACAAAUGGGGUCAUGAGAGGAAGGAGAUGAGAGAGGUUUUUUGGUAUUUUCUACUGGGCCAGCUUUUAAGCUCAUCGACACCCUCAGCAAGUUUGGCUUCAAGUUGUGGGGUUGGGGGGGCUUUCAACAUUGGAAAUCUGAAGAGGGGUGUCUUUUGUAUGUGUGUAUCACUUCUACUACCAAGUCUGAAAAGGGGAACUAGAAAGACCUUGUGGGACAACAAGUUAGAUAUGAACUGAAAGUUCUCAACCCCUUUUUGCAUUUCUAGUUCGUUUUGCAUGCCAAUCAAUUUUUCCUUUUUCUUUUUCU